AAUAUGGUCAUCUGAUAUGUUCUGGCUGUCUUGGUGACAUGAUUGCCGAGAGUAAACUCCAAAAUGAAAUUACAUCUUGCCCAACAUGCAACACUACUAUAAGUAAGGAUUUGUGUUCUCGCAACAUUGCCGUCGAAAAUACAAUAUGCCAGCUGCCUGUCACCUGCCCCUAUUGUUGCCUGGAAUAUCCACUCGAUGCAUAUAAGUACCACAAGACUCUGGAGUGUAUGGAAAGGCCAUCAUUGUGUGAAAACUAUUCAAUUGGAUGUUUAUGGAAAGGCCCAUUUAAAGAAAAACAUCAUCAUGAAGCACAAUGCAGACAACCCCACCUUAAUGGUUAUAAUAUCCUAAAAUGCCUCGAGACAGUUGACAAGCAACGAACAGAAGAAGUAAAGUUCUAUGACAAAAUCCUGGAACUGCUUUCUGUGGAAAAAAAUGCUUAUUCUGAUAUUCAAUUCAAGCCAUGUGGAGAAGACAACAAGAACCUUUUAUUUGAAACAUCAAAGUUUUCUGCUUUUGGUUUACAGUGGUUAGUCCGUGCAUGUUGUCUAAAAGAUAUGACUGAAUCUCUACCUCUUCAACUGAAAUAUCAGCUAGUAGCAAAGUCAAGACUCAACAGUGAAAUGAAUCUGCAUUUUAUCAUAUUGAGAGGCCCUUACAUUGAAAUGGAAAUCAAGCCAAAUCUGUAUGAAUUCAAAUUUUGCGAAAAGGCUGUCGAGAGCGAGUAUCAGGUGCUGACUUUGUUAAACCAAACAGAUCUUGCCAAAUUUCAGACUGCUAAACGCAUAAGCUUGAGAAUUAUCAUGUUCUUGGAAAGAUAGAUAAGUUUACUGUGAAUGAUGAUUAUUACAGCGACCUCAGCGCUUUUGGGACAUACUACUGUAUUAAAGGAAAUAAAUUAUGUAUACAUGUAAAGUUACAAAAAAUACUUUUUCCAAUGUGUUGACCAAGAACUAAGGAGGAAAAGAAUCGGAAUAAAAAAAUUGAGAAGAAUAAAAAAUAUGGAAAGGAUGCUUAAACCUAGUUGUUUACUCUGAUAUGGCAAACGGCAUCGACAAUCAGUAAACUAGCUUCAGGAAAAGACCUAAAAUCAGUAUGAUCAAUUUUUCAAACUGUAGGAUGGUUUCUUAAUUUGAUUGGUUGAGGAUUUUAUCAUUGUACAAUUAUUGAGUAUACUUUUUAUUUGCCUAAUAAGUGUAUUUCAAAUUUCAUUAAAGUCUAC